AUGGAACAUUUACUUAGCACAAACAUUGUGUUUGCAAUUGUAAUGGCAUUGUUGGUAGUACAGUCAUCUACACGACCACAACCAGAUGAAUUGGAGGAAAUAAAAAAGACACUGUACAAUGCAUGUGUUUCAAAGUUUCCAAUUUCGGAAGAAAUCAGAAAUAAUGCGAAAAAUUCUAUAAUUUCAGAUGACCCAACUUUCAAAUGCUUUUUAAAGUGUUGCUUCGACGAGAUGUCAAUGAUUGAUGAAGACGGUAUUAUAGAUGGGGAUUCAUUGAAAGCAAUGGCCCCGGACCAUAUUAAGCCGAUUUUAGAGGAAGUCGUCCCGAUUUGUUUAAAAGAUGUUAAGCAAGAUGGUUGUGAAGCUUCAUUCCAAUUCUUAGCCUGUGGUAUAAAAUUAAAUCCAUUAACUGUUCAACUAUUGCCACUGUGA